AUGCAUAAGCCCAAGACAUUACCAGCGUCAAUAGUGGAUACAACGAGUAAAUUAUUCGAUGAAAUCGAUGAAAACGAACGUUGUGAUAUCAUCGUAUCCAAUUUUCUCUUCGAUGACCUGUUUACAUCAGAUGAUGCACUAUCUGUUACUCAUCUUGAUUCAGUUUCGGUACAAUCAUCGAAGGGCACUCAACAGCGAACAACAUCAAAUCGUAGACGACAACAAGGUCGCGGAUUAGCAUCAGCAAACGGCUUACGAUCUUCGAAAAGAUAUCAUAAUAAUAAUCUCGAAGAAUAUCCCUUACAUUUAGCAUGUCAAAAUGGUCAAAUUGGAGUUGUUGGAAAGUUGUUACAUGAAUUUUCUCCGGUUACGCUCGAGCAUGAUAUGAAUCGAUGGUCCCCACUUCAUCAUGCUGCUUGGCAUGGACAUCAUCGAAUUGUCGAAUUAUUGCUGCGUUCAAAACGGUUUUCAGUCAAUGCCGUUGAUAAUUCACGUACAAGUCCAUUGCAUUUAGCAGCUUUAGGAGGUCGAGUCGAAGUAAUUCGAAUACUACUCGAUUGUCCUGAUAUCAAUGUGCAUGCAAAAAAUAAAGAUGGAAAAGCAGCACUUGAUUUUUGUCGACAAAAUCCAAGUCAUGAUUGGCAGUUAUGCACAGAAUUAAUUGAAAAAUUUCUUCAAAAGCCUCUUGAAAAAAUCAAAAUUUGUCUUGCAGACGGUAGUACAAUUGAACUUGAACUUGUUUCCGGUCCAGCUGAAACCACGGUUCGUCAAUUGCAUGCACAAAUGAUGACACGUUUACGUUUACCAGAUGAAGUUUCACAUGUCUUUGGUAUAUGGAUUUGUUCGAAAAGUGUUCGAAUUCAAUUAAAUCCCGAUCAUAAACCAGUUCAAUUUUUAUUAAAUUGGAAACGUUAUGCAAGUGAAUUAACAACCAUACCAAAUGAAUCAUCACUUCGAAAUCCUUCAUCGUCACCGUCAUCAUCAUCAUCAUCACCUUCAUCAUUAAAUACAAAUUCUGAAGAUGCACAAUUGUGGUGGUCACGUGAUACAUUACUUAAAAUUGAAUUCGAACAACGUCUUCGUAUACCACAUGUCAUACAUUUAUUAUUUCUUGAAGCCUAUCAAAAUUAUCUACUUGCCUAUUAUCCAUGUACAGAUGAAGAUGCCGUUGAAUUUGCUGUUCUAAUGAUGGGAAUCAACGAGAAACAAUUAGAUGAUAAAUUAUGGGAAAAUUUCUUUCAUAAUGAUCAAAACAAUUUAUCACUUUUAAUUCCAGCUGAAAAAUUAAAACGUGCAGGCGCAAUGUAUUGGCGUCGGACGAUUCUCAAACGUUAUAAAGAAGUUUUUAUCGAUGAUCAUGCUAUGCAAACUCGUUCACAAUUAUCACUCUAUUUAAAAAUGCAGUUUCUUAAUUUAGCUCAAAAUUUAACGAGUUAUGGUUCGUCGUUUUUCACAGGUGAUCACGAAUAUCGUGGCCGACGUACAAGUGUAUUCAUAUGUGUUAAUGAUGUUGGUGUACAUUUGAUAAAUCGGGUUACAAAAUUACAAGAAUAUUCAUUUUCCUAUCAACAAAUGACAUUUACUAUUGAAACAGAAGCACAAUCGACACUUGAAAUAAAUGUCAAAGACAAUAAAAAUGUUGAUCAUACACGUUUGUUGAAUUCAACAAGCGUGGCAAAUAGUAAAAAUUUUAAAAAUUCAAUUUUUUCUUUUUCAUCAUCAUCAUCAAAUAAACAAUCGAACAAAACCGAUCGGCCAUUAACGUCAUCAUCAUCACUAUCAUCGAUAUUAACAAAUUCAUUAAGUAAUAGUGAAUUACAACAAAGAAAUCAUAAUAGACAUACAAAUAUUAAUAUGAUGAAUGGUCAGACAAGUUUGAAUUCGGAAUCAUCCGUAUCUGAAACUUUACAUCAAGUUAAUGGGCACCUAGUUAAUCUUUAUCAAGCUCAAACAUCAAAUGGCUCUACUGUUAAUUCAUUGAAUGUCUCAACGAGUCAAAGUCCAGCAAUUACAAAAAAAAAAAUGUUUCAAGUACGCCGUACAUUUUUAUUAAUCGUCACAUUUGAUGUGAUCUUUAUGGUACUUCUAUGGAUUAUUUACAAUCAAAUUAAAAAUAUAACAAUUGAUCAAGCUUUUAUUAAUGACGUUAUUAAAUAUUCAAUAAAAACUUCUCUAUUUGACGUUGUUGGUUUAUCAGCUCUGCGUUUUAUUUUACUAAUAAUAUCAUAUGCAAUAUUAAAAUGGUCCCACUGGAUUUUCGUAGCUUUUACAACACUUGGUUCAACUGGUUUUAUCAUUACUAAAACAUGUGUAUUUACUAUUUCGAAAUCGGAUAAAGGUUUUACGGAUUAUGGUAUCUUGAUAGUUUCAUUUAUUUUGGCAUGGAUUGAAAUCUGGUUUUUUGAUUAUCGUGUUAUUCCUCAUGAACGUCGUUUACGAGAAGCAUUACACCAUAGUGAUCGACGUCCACUAUUGGCAUCGAAUUCCAGUAGAUCAGGCUCUCCAAUUCCUCCAUCAUCGAAUUAUCAUUCCAUUUCAGUUUCAACCGAACAUCUUCAAUCGUUCUAUUCGCCAGUUCCGUCCGUUGAGGGUAGUGAUACAGAAGAUACAAAUACCGGUGCUAUGCGUGAUGUUCGUGCAGAUUCUAAUGUUUCACAGUCGCUAUUAUAUACGCCAGCAUCCGUUAUUGACGAUUAUGAUAAUGCUGAAGAUUAUGAACAACAAGCAGAUGAAAUUGUUCAAAAAAUCUGGCGUAUAUUUAAAGAUAACGAAUCUUGGGUACAAGAAGCUGUUAGUACCAAUGGACGUGAUGUUGUUUUUGCUAAAACUUUUCCUAUAUGGGGAAAAGUUUUUCGAUUAACUACUAUUGUUCCAGGAAGUCGUGAUGAUAUUGCAGAAAUACUAUUCGAACGGCAAGAAGAUAUGUCGAAAUGGAGCCCAACUGUCAAUGAGUGUAGAAUACUCCAAGUUCUAAAUCAUAAUUUAUAUAUAUCUUAUCAAUUGACGAAUGAACAAGCACAGGGUAUUAUUGCAAAACGAGAUUUUGUUAAUUUAAGUACCCGCCGAUUCAUUGACGAUGUUGCGAUAUUAGCAGCACAGGCAUGCGUUUAUCCGCAAAUGCCUCCUAAAGACAAUUGUGUUCGAGGUGUAAAUGGACCAACUGCAUAUAUUAUUGAGAACAAUGACAAUACAACGUGUAGAUUUACAUGGUUGCUUAAUGUAGAUUUAAAAGGUUGGCUGCCUCAAUAUUUAAUCAAUAGUUCUCUUGCGACUGUUCAACUGACACUUGCAGAAGCAUUAAGAAAUUAUUUAAUAAAAUUAAUCGAUUUAUCAUCAUCAGGCUCAUCGACAGGUGAUAUAGCAAUAUGA